AUGUCCACGGAAAUGAAACAGACGUUGGCGAGUAAGCUAACAGACGACGAAGCCGGAGUAGGGCAAAUCUCUGUAUAUGCAGACGUUGAAGCCGACAGAACAUAUCGUAAGAAAGUGGAUUUCUGGGUUCUGCCGUUGUUGUGCUUGAUGUACUUUUUUGAUUGCAUGGAUCGGAGCAAUCUAGCAAAUGCAAAAACGGACGGCAUCGAUGAUGACUUGAACUUCAAAGGAAACGAUUACUCUCUCAUUAUUCUGAUAUUCUAUAUUCCAUUUGGUCUUUUCAAUCUACCAUGGAAUUUAUUAAUCAAACGAUAUUCUGGGCGAUGGACGCUUUCCACCACUAAAGACUUCGGGUCUCUCCUCGCGAUUAGAGUCAUCCUAGGCGUGUUUGAAGCGGGAUUUUUUGCUGGAGCAACGUAUUAUUUGACGACAUUCUAUACACGUGGGGAGAUGGGAUUUCGUCUGGCUAUCAUACAGUCAUUUGCCGUACUUGCCUCUGCAUUUAGUGGUCUAAUAUCGUUUGGUGUAUUCCAAAUCAACAGUCCUACCGUCCACGGCUGGCAAUGGCUUUUCAUCAUUGAGGGCGCAAUGACCUUGCUCACUGGGCUCGUGGGAUUCGCCAUCCUGCCAGACUCGCCACAUACUGCCUGGUUCUUGAAUGACCGCGAAAAGGAGGCAGCGAGAGCUCGGCUACUACGUGACUCCUCGUCAGAGGUAGACACAGGAUUUAAUCUCAAAGAUUGCUUUCGAUCCUGGAAUGAUUGGAAAUUUCCGAUUUGGUGCAUUAUUACAUUCACAUAUCCAGUUGCCUAUGCUACCGCGAUGAACUUCUUCCCACUGAUCGUUCAACGCCUCGGAUUCUCUGUCAUAAAGACCAACCUAUGGACUGUAGCGCCUAACCUUGUCGGUACAGUAGUUUUACUAUGUGUUGCGAAAUCUUCGGAUUAUUUUCGCGAACGAACGUUCCAUAUUGUCUUCUCUCUGUCCUUGUCCCUGGUCGGAAUGGUCAUGCUUGCUGCUAUCGAUGUUCUGGAAAAUAAAGGGGUCGCUUAUUUUGCUUGCUUCCUCAUGGCAGCGGGUGCAUAUAUUCCAUCCUCUUUGGUUCAUGCGUGGCACAACAACAACAAUGUCCACGAAAACUCUCGCGCAGCUAAUACAGGGUUCUUCGUGGGCUUGGGUAACCUGGCGGGUAUUUUGAGCGCAGCCACUUUUCGAACUGAAUAUGCCCCAAAGUACAUUCCUACUCUGGUCGCCACUUGCUGUUGUAAUGCCGUGUGUAUCGUUUUUGUGAUAGGGCUUGGCCUAUGGAUGCGCAUUCAAAAUCGACGACGAGAUCGGGAGCAGGGAUCAAGAUUAAGGGAGGGCUAUUUGAACACCAGUCAGUUCAAGGAAGGCGAAGAAAGCCCCGAAUGGCGAUAUUUCCUUUACAAAAGCUUCACCCGCGCCGAACAUCUUCGUCGCCAUGCUCUUAAUCAUGACCAACCACGCAAUGGGUUUACAUGUGAGCGCUGCACCGUUCAUUUCCAACGCCCUGAUCUUCUAGCUCGACACAUGGAGCGCCACACAAAACGAGACGCCGAAGCUGGUGGGCCUGGACUUGGGCGAGAAAUGCGAUCGGUAGGACGCUCUACGAUCUCUACUACAAGUUCCUCCGACCGGGGACUGAUAGAAGAUGAUGAUCCUUUUCUGGAUGAGGCACCUCUAUCACCACCGGGCUCAGGUACAGAUCCAACCUCCCUGGAUAUCGAUGAUUCGGAUCCUUUCCUCGCCCCGAUGAUGCCCGGAAGGCCAUUUGAGCCAUAUGUGGAACCGAUUCCAGGGCAGUUCGACGCUGCGGAUGGAUCAUUCAAUAUUGGGCUCAACGAAAUGGGUUCCUUUUUCGGCAUGGACACCGCAACUGACUUCAACUUGCCCUUCGCUGCGACGGACAAUUAUAAUUGGUUAUUUGAUGUCGCUUCUCUCGACGACGCAUUUCAUCAUUUUGACUUUCCACUCGGGUUUGACGCUGGGCCAUUCCCGGACACUAUGGAUACUGAAUAUAGUCAGGUCAUUGACAAAUAUGAUGGCCCCUCGGCAUUGCUUGAGGUUGCUUCUAUGAUGAACAAGACGCAGACAUCACCACAGCGCCCAAUUUCCCCCGAUAGCCCAGAAAUUAUUGGCAUGGACUGGAUGUCUGGUUCAUCGUAUUUAGGCCCAAAUCCCUCUCCGCGGCUACCACAGCUAUCGGAGAAUGCUUGCCAACGAGUUCUUGCCCUGGUGCAGCAGACGCGCCCUAUAGGUCUUGAUAGUCAACCAAUGGCUCUUGACUCGCACCUACUUUCUCUCCCUGCGUUGCAGAGCUACAGUGACUUUUUCUUUUCUCGUUUCAAUGUGACAUAUCCACUUGUGCAUCAGUCAACUUUUAAUCCCGACCUUGUUGAUCCAGUAUUUCUCGCGGCUGUAUUGUUCAUGGGUGCUACAUACAGUACGCGAGAAGCUCAUCAGCUAGCCGUUGGAAUCCAUGACAAUCUGCGAAAUCAACUCCUUUGCCAUCAAGACUUUUCUCCGCAACCAGACCUCUGGGUCCUGCAGACAAUGCUUCUUAUCGACUGCUUCGGAAAAAUGAGAGCAGGGCCAAAGCAAAGAGAACGUGCUCAGCUAUUCCACUGCGUGUUGAUCAAAUUGAUUCGUCGAAGCACCUGCUGCAAUAUUCACGACUCCCCAACUUUACCACGAUCGGAUGAUUUAGACUAUGCGUGGCGAUAUGCAAUGGUUGAGGAGCAGCGGAAACGCCUGGCAAUGCUUUGCUUUAUGUGGGAUACGCAGCACGCCGUACUCUUUUCUCAGUCUCUCUGCAUGUCCGCAUUCGAGAUACGGUCUUCAUUACCAUGCAGUGCCGCUAUUUGGGAAGCAACAACGGCUCAAGAAUGGGCGCAUUUGGCCUCUCGUGAGACAAAUCGCCCUUUCCUAGCAGUUCUCAAGGGAUAUAUUACUCCCAGCGCAGUCUCCAGACCCCGCGAUUUGAAUGUUUUCGCCCGCACGGUCAUCCUCCAUGGAUUAAUGUCAGUUUCCGCUGAUCUCAAACGUCGUGAUCAAACAACCCUCCGGUCGGAAACGCCCGAAAAGGUUGGGGCCUGGACCCCACGUAUGAGCCGGUCCUACGACUUAUGGAAAGUGGACUUUGAUGCAGAUUGCUUAAGUAUGAAGCUAGCUCAAACAGCAGAUCCGCAGAGGUUUACUGGCUUGAAAAUGGCUGCCCAUGCUUUAUAUCAUGCCUCUUGUCUUGCGUUGAACGUUGAAAUUCUCGACUUGCAAAUUGUCGCCGGCGCCAAACAGAUUCUAGGGAGGAAUAUUACACCAGCAGAUCAGUCACGGUCCCAGCGAAAGAUCUUCCAGUGGCUGCAUGAAGAUUCCAGCGCGGCGUCUAUCGCUGCACGGCAUGCAUCAUUUCUCCUACAAGAUGCAGUUUUAAGUCUACAUGACUGGGACCAUACAGAUGCGUUCCAUUUCCCAUGGUGUUUGUAUCUUGCUACACUGGCCUGUUGGGUCUUCCAUCGCGGAAUGGAUAUUUCUUCGUCGGAGAGCCGAAUUCACACAGACCUCUCGUCUCUGAUUGUGAUGAUGACGAACUGCCCAAGUGCUACUGAGCUAACAGCUUUGUCCGGAAAGUAUGACCCCAAGCCCCUAGCAUCGGCAAUGGCCCAGCAACUAGCUACUGUUCGGUGGGCUGUAGUACAUGAUGCUAUGAAAGUCUUAGUUGGAUUGUCUUGA